AUGAAGGAGGUCGAAAUCUCGGCGGCGGACAAGGCGUUCAUCGAAUCGACGAAGAAGACGAUCUCCGCGGCGCGCGCGGCGGGUCAAGUCGAUGCGAAGACGUUGAAGGAAAUCGAAGCCGCGGCCGCGGGCAUGAAGGAAGUCACGAAGAAGGUGAACACGGCGCGCAUGCAAAAGAUGGAGGCGGCGUUGGAAGCCGCCAUCGCGGCGGCGAAGCAGUGCACCGACGACUGCCCGGCUGCCUGGGAAGAAGUCGAAGAAAUCUCCGCCGCGAAGAGCCGCGAGGAGGGUAGAGAUUAA